AGCCCGGUUAUUAGGCUCUCUGAUUUUGGAGUUGUUCACAUCAUGGUGGAAUACACAACCACACCAGGUGACGUGGAGGUCGGUGUUGAGGAGAGGAUGGAGGUUUUGGUGGAAAAGAAAACCUCUACAGGCUGGAUGUGGAAGGUGUUUGGGGCCCUCCUGAUCAUGGCGCUUUGUUUAGGAGGCAUCCAGCUGUUUGUUUGGUGCUGGAAAGAAAGGCUAGAAACAGGGAUGGAGUCAGGGCAGCCAGAAGCUUCAAUCAUGACGGACUCUACUGAGAAAACAGAUACUCACUACACGCUGGGAAAGGUCAUCAGCAAAUCGAAGGCAGUCAUCCAUUUAGAAGGUAACUGUGACGAAGGUGAGAAACCCAAGCUGGAGUGGACUCAUCACCAAGGCCAGGGCUUUGCUCAGGGUGGCUUCCGCCUGGAGGAAAACCAGAUCAUCAUCCCACAAAAAGGCCUCUACUUCGUCUACAGCCAGGUGUCAUUCAGAGUGUCCUGCAGUGAUGAUGAGGAGGGAGCGGGGAGGCGGUUCACCCCUCUCAGCCACAGGAUCUGGCGCUUCUCAAACUCCUUAGGAAGCAAAGUGUCUCUGAUGAGCGCGGUGAGGUCGGCGUGCCAGAACGGCCUGGGGUCCGGGCAGGGCUGGUACAACACCAUCUACCUGGGCGCAGUGUUCCAGCUGAACAAAGGAGACAAGCUGUGGACGGAAACCAACCAGCUGUCAGAGCUGGACACGGACGAGGGAAAGAAUUUCUUUGGUGCGUUUGCACUUUGAACAGACUCAUCUUUAGGACGACAUCUGAGCAGGGCCACGUGUUUUGGCUUUGAAAAAGAACUUUUUAUUCAUCCUAAUGGUGAUGUAGAAAUACAAAAAUCUCAAUGGAGAUCAACCUUGUAGCCGAACGGGCUGUGCCCAUAUUUAAAAGCCUAUAAACUGUAACAGUUUGCAUUAUUUUUUCUACUUUAGGCACUUUUUAUUUUUAUAUUAUUUAUGCUGACCUGAGAUUGCAGUAGGUUAGACUUCCUCUACUGUUUCAGAUGGUGGUACAACUCUUUACUGGAGAGUUAAUGUGUAUCCUGUAAUAACCUGUAUGUAUUUAUUUGUAUUUAUUUGUAUUUAAAUAAUGGGUUUUAGGUGCUACAGAUUAUAUUUAAAUUCUUUGUAGACAUAAU